AGAUAAGAAGCCUUGAGCGUGUCCUCGCCAUUGCUUGAGACCCUCGUUCGUCCCCCAAAACCAUCCUUGUGCUUGCCAUCGUCGACCAUUUUUGAAAAGUUGGAGCCAAAUUUUUUCCCUAAAAUCGACUCACAAAAGACAUCGGCCAUCUCCUUGUCACCUUCAACAACAACAACAACAAUACCGAUAUUCUCCUCCUGCUGUCACUUUCGAAGCAUAAGGGAAUAACUCUCCACUUCUAGGCCAAAUUCGUCUCGGUGCUCUUUAGCUCGAAGACCGUUUGUGAUUGCCCCGUGCUUCAUCAUCGGCCAAGACUAUCACCAAGGGUCUUUUUCCAUAUUAAACCAUUUUCCCGACGGUCGUUGCAUUCCACACUCAUUCCGCAUCCUAUCGUUCACCAAGGGAUCCUCAUCACUCGAUUGCAGUCUCAUACGUCUAGCUUGAGGGGGCAAUUGGCCAUCUGUCUCUGAAGCCCAGGAUGGGCUUUUUCAACUUUCUCCCAUGCUGUGGACCGAGGAAGAAGGAGCGGCAGGAUAGUUCAUCGACCAACGAAUCCACCUCACUCCUUCCACCCGCUCGCGAAGCCUCCAUUCUCUCCGAUGGAACACACAAUGGUCAAGGUCCAGGCAUGUAUGGGUCACUUGAACCUACACCACUGAACGGUCUGACGGGUGAACAACGAGCGAGGAUAGAAGAGAUUGGCAGAGAGGCCACCAAUCAAAUGCUACACAUCACUGCUCUUCCCCCUCGCCAUCCAUCUGGUCAAUCUCGUCAUACAUCCACUACCACACCGGGAGGUACAGCCUCUGAUCCGUUCGACAACUCCACUGCCCCUUCUUCCCGAUCCACGUCUCGCCCACCCUCCCCUUCACCUGUCCGUACCAAAGAAGACUCGGGUAUGCUACGGACAUCGACUUUAGAAUCGGAAGAAGGAGGUGGAGGUCAUACAGCCGCUGGUGUGGUGAUGGCUGAGGACGGGGUCCAAGUCAUCAGGAAGAGCCUUUUCGGUCCCGGUGGUCCUGGACUUGCACCCGGGAGGGAUGCCAGUCGGCGGACGAGCGGAAGAGGGAGAGGGGGCAAGGGUGGUAAACCGAAGCCAAAGGCAAAAUGAGGGCAGCAUUGGCGCGAGUGUCAGCAGCCUGACACUUGAGAACUCUGUAG